CCUAAGCCGAUCCAGUGAAUUCGCAGGCGCCGCCUUCCCUGCGGCAACCCGUCCCGUCUCGCCCCGGCUCUCCCGAUCUCCGCCGCCGGCCACCACAGUACGCCGCCUCCAUCCCUUCUGUAACACCCCACCAGGCCACCACACGUCAGCCGUCCGCUGCGGCCAACACUACCCUCGGUUGCCGUUGUCCCCUGCGACUGCCCCCGCCCACACCCUAGCCGUCCGCUCGGCCACCAUCGCUCUCCUCCGCCGCCGGCCACCAUCGCUCCCCUUCCUUGCCACCACCUCCACUUCAGCUAUUAUGCCUGACUGCGUUCGGGGCGAAAUUAGGUCAGUUUGUUGAACCGAUCAGCCAUGAAGGACAAAAACGGCCUGAAUCUAAAUCCAGCGCAAGAAGAAACUCGCAACGAAUUCGCCGCUGGCAAUGGAGGAGACAGGCUUAGCAAGCUGCCCAUUUACCUUCUGCUCAACAUUCUGAAGAGGGUGGACACACUCAAUGCUAUAAGGGCCUGCGUCCUAUCCAACGAAAUGCUGAAGCUCCCUGCCAUGCUCUCACAGCUCUUCCUAAGUGCUGGCUCCAUUCUAGGCCGCCAUGAUAAAGCUCGUGUUUUCAGUCUUGGUGAAUGCCUCCAAACCAACCGAGCCAUGGCUCAUGUGACUGAUAACAUCUUGAGAACAAGGUUCCUGGAUAUCACCAUCACCAAACUCAAAAUCAGAUUUGUCUUGACGCAACACGACUCUCUCGCCAUUGGCAGAUCUGUUGCCCGCGCCAUGUCAACCCAGAAAGUUGCGGCGGCUGAAUUUCAGAUCACAACAGAGAAGGCUUGUAAGAUCUGCUCUUCUGCAGAUUUCCUCUGCUUUGGUAAGCAGUUCAAUGAUCUUAUCGGUGCUUGUCCAGAUGCAUUUGUUAGCCUUAGGCGUCUGUGGCUGCGCAAUAUGAGGUUUGGUGAACACGACAUCCCCAGCAUCCUCAGCACUUGCAAGCUUUUGGAGUCCUUGCGUUUAACCGAUUGCGACUCGGGGAUCUAUUCUGUGCUGCAAGUAGAACAUGCUUAACUUAUUGAGUUCGUGGUCGACAGGGGGAAAUUUGAGAGAAUUGAACUGGCAUAUCUACCAAAACUCCAAAGGGUUUGCUAUAAUAGUUGGUACUCUUAUAAAGAUUUCCUGUAUUUUCUUUUUGUACCAUAGCUUUCGAAGCUCACACUUAUGAAAUCUGCCGGCCGUUUGCAAAAAACCCUUGAGUUAAGUCAGCUCCUUGCUAAUGUUCCUUCCGUAAGCGAUCUGCAUCUGGAUUUUGCAAGUGAAAAGAUUUGGGUUCUACCAGAAUCCCCAAAGCUGCUUACUCCUGUGCUCAGCAAACUACAGCGUGUGAAUCUGGGUCAUCUUUCUGAAGGAUGUGAUUUAGCUUGAACAAUGUUUAUUCUUGAAGUUGCACCGUCCCUAAAAGAGCUGUGCAUUAGAGUAUGGGAUCAUUAGUGCAACAAGGUGACAGACAAAGAGUUACGGAAGAAAUAUGGUUUGUGCGAAAAGGCAGAGGUGAAGUGGAAGCCAUAUGCCCCUGAUUUCAAACACAAGAAUCUGGCUAAGCUCACCAUCUAUGGUUUCCAGCCCGACGAUAACUUUGUGACCUACAUCAGGCGUGUUGUGGAAGCUGCGGUUAAUAUGGCAGAGAUAUAUCUGCAUGACAGGAAGGUGUGUGGGCGUUGUAGUGACCUGGAUCCUGCGGUCAAGGGCAAGGUUUGUCCAUCAAGAUAUCCACGAACCACUGAGGAGAAGAAGGGGACAACUGAGGGGCUUGGUUUGGCUUCGCGUGUUGUGAUUCACUUUAUGUCCUAAAUGAAGAAUGAUGUACUUUGAAAAUCAACUACCCUAUCAUCUUUUACUUGGAAGGAGUUUCUGAACUCCAUAAUUCUGUAGUCACCAAGUCUACUCUUGCUUUCCUUUCUGUUGAAGCUUGUACCUUGAA